UUGGGUAGGUCAAAAUAUUGUAUAGUAAAUAAAUAUUGUUUUAACUUCUUUUUUUUCUCAAAAUUUUAUUUUCCUUAAUCUACCAAUUUUUUUUCAAUUUUCUCUGACUUGCUAACAUGUCAAUAUGCCUUACCUUUGCUCCAAAAAAAUUACACUUCUUCCCCCUGAAUUUUUUUUUACAUAAUCUAUAAUCUAUUUUAUUUUUUACUCGGGUCUAUCAAUUAGUUUUUGUUCUUUUCAACUUUUUUUCCUUUUUCUUCUAACGCUUUUGCUUGGCACCAAAGUAGAUGUUUUGUGUGUAUUUUCCGAAUCCCCCCACCUUUUUGUGUUUGGUUUUUUUCUUGGAAAACAAAUGUGAUUGUGAUUUUCAGUGAUGAGUUUGUUUGAAGAAACGAUUCGCUAUGGUGGAGCCGCCAAUGAGGCUGAUGGUGAUGUGAGUUUUUUUGAAAUUUGUUGAGAUUUGGGGCAUUACUUUAUGAUUAGUCACCUCAAAAUAUAAAAAACUACAUUGUUAGAGUUAGUGUAACUACGGAGAGGAGAUAGAGAUUUCUAGAGCUUGAGAAGAAGUUUUCAGCAUUUUGAUUGUUUCUGGGUUUCCAGGAAAAAAAUUUUUCGCACUUGUAAUUCGGAUAUUUCAUUCAUUGCCACACUACUUAAAAUAGUUUCCAAAACUCCUGAAAUAGUUUUCUGUAGAUCAAAAAUUAAAAAUCCUAUUUUUUGGAAUUGAUAACCUCACCUCGAUUCACAAGACUGAGUCAGUGCUCAAACAUUCUUAAAAACGCUCUGUGAAAUCGACAUUCCUUUCUGGUUCGUUGAACGAAUUAGAAUUACAGAGAUCAAAAUUUGAUGAUUCACUAUUUCUUCCCGGAAAUUCGAUGAUUUCCACAAUCUUCUUAAAGCAUUCAAAAAUUAUUUUAAAAUUUCAAAACCUGAAUAUUUCAAAUAAUGAUUUAUCAAACACGUUUUUCAAAUAAUUUUGCACCUGACCACCCUCAGAUUUUCAACACAAAUCUCAGCAUGAUGCGAGUUCACACAAUACAAAGUUUGUGAGAAACAUAAUUUCUAUUUUUAAAAUUUACACCUGCUUUCCUGAUAAUAGGCAGGCAGGAAAUAAAAUAUUCAAAUUUUCAGGAUGCUCAACGCAAAGCUGAAGAGCGUGAGAGAAAGAAGGCCGAAGUUCGUAAACGUCUUGAAGAAGCCGGACAGAAGAAACAAAAGAAAGGAUUUUUGACACCAGAAAGAAAGAAGAAGCUUCGUGUAGGUUACUUAUCUCGAAACAAAUUUCAAAGCAAAAUAAAAAAUUUCCCGAAUUUCAGAAGCUUUUGAUGAUCAAAGCCGCUGAAGACUUGAAAGCUCAACAACUUUUAAAAGAGCAAGAAAGAGUGAAGAUUCUCAACGAGAGAACAAUUCCAUUGCCAGAAGUUGAUAGCAUUGAUGACAAAGGAAAACUCGAAAAAAUCUACAAUGAUCUUUUCUCCCGUUUGUGUUCACUUGAAGAGGAAAAAUAUGAUAUCAAUGCAGUUACAACUCAAACUGAAACCACUAUCAAUGCCUUGAACAUUGAGGUUAAUGAUUUGAGAGGAAAAUUGUGAGUGUAUUUUUUAAAGAAUCAAAAAAAAAUCAAUAAAAGUGUUCCAGCGUCAAGCCAUCAUUGAAGAAGGUUUCAAAAUACGACAACAAAUUCAAAAAAUUGGCCGAGGCUAAGGCUGAAGCUGAGAGCAACAAGAACUUCAGAAACAACUUGAAGGUUGUCAAGAAGGAGAGCGUUUUCACUCAAUUGUCAAACAAGGUUUGUGGAUUGGGAAGUCCAAUAUUCAAAUGAAAACCAAUUUAUUCAUUUCGUGAACCCCCACUUUGACAUUUUUUUUUAAUUUCCGCAUUCAUUUAUCACUCACUUUUUGUGCCCCUCCACCCUCAAUCCAAUUUUUUCCAGAAGAAGUCUGAAAAACCAGAAUGGUCCAAGAAGAACAAGGAAGAAAAGAAGGAAGAAGUUGCUGUUGCUGAACCAGUCGCUGAAGCCGUCGAAGAAGAAGAACCAGAAGCUUCGGAAGAGGAAGAAGAAGCUGAUGAGGAAUAA